CCUACUGUCAAGGCUACGAAGCGGAACCCAAUAUAUCACUUUUACGAUGUUGUACAGUUGAAUGCUGCAGGUCAGGCUGGUGAUCCGGGAGAUAAACACUACAAAUGUUACUUGGGUAAUCGGAAGGUCCUCACCAUUACACGCGCAAUGAAAAGCAGCCUGAAUGGCUUGGUCGGGCAUCUCAAAACACAUUUUCCACCUAUGUAUCGGCUAUACCUCAUCUUGAAGUCUCGUGGAACACCUCCCACCGAAGAUGAGCUCAAAAUGGUGCGAGGCGAAAAAGUUCUUGAUCCUGACGCAGCAGCAGCAUACCUGACACAGCUUGAGCAAGCAUCUGCAAAUCUCAUUGACGCUUUCAACAAGCAAGUCAACAAAGCAUUCGGUGACUGGAACCAAGACAAAUUUGAAGACCUGCUUGCGAAAUGGCUUGUUGCAUGCGACCAGCCGUUUGAUGAGGUUGAAAAGCCAGAGUUCAAAGCAUUCAUUGAGUACACUCACCAAGGUUCGCUACGUAUCCCUGGACGAAUGGCAAUCAAACGUCGUAUCAUGAAGAUGGGUGACGAGACUAUCCAAGGAAUCAAAGACAUGGUUCAGGAACUCG